UUCCCCACUGCAAAAGGCAACUUCUUGGUGUUGGAUUAGAUGCCACUCUGGUAGGAUAAGGACAGGAGCGACGCACAGCCAAGAGAGAGGGGAUUUAACUGGGUAACGUGAGUUAAACAACAAAAGGAAACAAGCAACAACAACAAAAGUUGCAUUUCCUGCACGCGUCGUCAUGUCGAGGUAUAACUUCUUACUGUGCUUGAUGGUGCUCAUCUCCCUGGGACAGUCGGGGAGCGAUGAGCCCAAUCUGCUGCUGCCUCCCGCCAGCGAGACGCCCACGGAAGCCGGCCUGUCGCUCCUGGACGAGGACGCCGGUUCCCACGAGUGCUCCGCCUGUGUUUGGAGGGAACAAAGCAAAGUGCUGAGGCUGGAGACCAUUAAAUCGCAGAUCUUGAGCAAGCUGCGUCUGAAGCAGGCGCCGAACAUCAGCCGGGAGGUGGUAAACCAACUGCUGCCCAAGGCGCCCCCGCUCCAGCAGCUCCUGGACCAUCACGACUUCCAGGGAGACGCGUCCUCCCAGGAUGAGUUCAUGGAGGAGGAUGAGUACCACGCCACCACGGAGUCCGUCAUCACCAUGGCUUCCGAGCCGGAGCCCCUGGUGCAGGUGAAUGGCAAACCGAGCUGCUGCUUCUUUAAGUUCAGCCCCAAACUCAUGUUCACCAAGGUUCUGAAGGCCCAACUGUGGGUGUACUUGCGACCACUGCAGCAGACCUCCACCAUCUACCUGCAGAUCCUACGGCUCAAGCCCGUGACAGAGCAGGGCACCCGCCACAUCCGCAUACGUUCGCUGAAGAUAGAGCUCAACUCCAGGGUGGGACACUGGCAAAGUAUUGACUUCAAGCACGUGUUGCAGAACUGGUUCAAACAGCCCCACACCAACUGGGGAAUCGACAUCAACGCUUUUGAUGAGAGCGGCAAUGACCUGGCCGUUACCUCACUGCGACCUGGGGAGGAGGGGCUGCAGCCGUUCCUGGAAGUGAAAGUUCUGGAGACGACCAAACGGUCUCGAAGAAACCUUGGCCUCGACUGCGAUGAGCACUCCACAGAGUCUCGCUGCUGUCGCUACCCUCUGACAGUGGACUUCGAGGCCUUCGGCUGGGACUGGAUCAUCGCGCCCAAGCGCUACAAAGCCAACUAUUGCUCAGGCCAGUGCGAGUACAUGUUUAUGCAGAAGUACCCGCACACACACCUGGUGCAGCAUGCCAACCCCCGAGGCUCAGCAGGACCCUGCUGCACCCCUACCAAGAUGUCGCCCAUUAACAUGCUCUACUUCAAUGAUAAGCAGCAGAUUAUCCACGGCAAGAUUCCUGGGAUGGUGGUGGAUCGAUGUGGCUGCUCUUAGACUGCGGGGAUGACAAGCGCUUGUUCUACGUUCAUCAUUCCAUCAAACCACCCCAAACAUGAAUGGAGGUGUCCCCUGGCACCAGAACCCAUUCCUUGGCACCAGAUUUAAAAAAGAAAAAAACAAGGGUUUCCAUUUCCAGAAAUUCUAAUGAUUCUAACUUGUAAAAAGUUCUGUAUGAAAUAGGAAUCAAAAAGGGACUGAGUGAUGGAAAUACAGUACAUUAAGUAAAUGUGUGGAGCGGCUUCAGAGAAUGAGAGAAACCUAUGUUUUAUUUCUGUUGUUGUGUUUUUUUUUUUUAAUGGUAUCUUUGUGAAAUGUCCAUGUUAGUGGAGGGAGAUGACAGGAGACUCAACCAUUUUCAGUCCGAAGUUUCAAGACAUUUUACUUCACAAACACUCUUGCUCAUGAUUGAUCUACAAAAAAGGGGCAAAUACGUCAACCAGAAUCCACAAUUAACUCAUAGAAAUCCAGUUCAAUGUUGUGUACAGAUAUCUAGAGAUAAAAUGUUUUGAGGAGAUCCAAAACCAAACCCUUAAUCUAUAACACCUUAGUGUGACAUUCUCGCGGAUCCACAAACCCUUUACACUGCUGCUUUGAUUGUUUUAUUUGGAGUCUUGUAAAAACUCCAUAAAGCAACAGCGAGAGUAGAUAGUACAACUAUUUCCACUAAAGUAGUUACUUCAGAUGCAAAAUUAAGGCCAAAAUGAUUCAUUUGCAGGUCUAAUGUUGAUCUUAAGUGAAUUUUAACUUGUUGAAUGGAUACCUUUAAGUUGUAAAUGACACAAGGAAUUAGCAAAAGACUGUAAUAUGGGUUUAUAUUAUACAUUUCCUUCUUAUUUCUUUUUUUAAUUAUUCGCAUCCCUGCUGUUAUCGGAGCUAAACGAUAACCAUUCAACUAAUAACAUUGCACUUUCGGUCAACAUUGGGCCAGGGUAUGAAUAAUUUGAGGAUUUCUUUGUACAUUAGGAAGCUAAGCAUGCAAAAAAUCUGACCAGAGGUAAGUAACCAAAAAUGUUCAUAUGCUCAAACAACUAAUUGGCAGUCAUUCUGAUAUAUGAGUGCAGUGAUCAUGUCAUUAAGCUGGUUCAUUCACCAUUAGCAAGCUUUGAUUAAAUCAAAAGGGUAUCCAACUAUUACUGACAAGGCAGUAACCACUGACCACUAUUUAGAAAAAUACAUUUUGUACCCACCCCCCACCCCCACCCCCCCCCCACACACACACACACACACACACACACACACACACACACACCCCCGCCUCCCCCACCCCCUUCCAAACUCAUUCUCAUCGUGAAAAUUGCUGUUGUUAGUGCUUAAAUACAGUAGAGAUUAGUAUGCUCAAAGUGUGUCUUUGUCUCCUGGAUGUCCUAGCAGAGAUGUCCAUUUGUUGUAAACGAAAGCACUAUGCUGUUGGAUAAAGGAAGAGCCUUCUGACAUUAUUAUAUAUAAAUGAUAUAUGUAUAUAUUAAAAGAAAAAGGCAUACAAAACCUUUUGGGGGGGGGCACUCUACCUUACCAACAAUAAAUUUUGCACUAUGGCAUGAGGAGGUAAAGUGUUUUUUUGUGUUUUGACCAAGCACAAGCGAGCUUGGACAGUGUAGCCUCAAAGAAACUUUUCAAGCUUCUGCUUAGGAACCAUGCAGAGAAACUAGCAAGGUUAUCACUUGUUGUUUGAUGGCAUCACAUGUGUCCUGGCUUUUGUCUGAAGCGGGGGCCUGUCCACUUCACACAUACAUUCAAUCCAUUCUGGAACCUGGACACCCUGUCCCGUGCCAGCGGCCUGAAAGGCCUCCUUUCCAAAUGUUGGGUGAUAAGUCAUGUGCGUAAUAAAAGUCUGCAUCGAUGAAUACAGAAUGCUUUAACUGGAAAUGGCCCGCCCACCUAUUUCAUUACAAAGUUAGCGAGACAAUUUAGAGUCUAAUUUGCCUUUGUGUGUGUUUUAAGGGAACGCACCCAUGUAAGAAUGGGAGGAGUAUCCAGGGAUCGUUAGCCAAAGUAGAGGACGACAUGUUGCGUGGUGUAACUUGUGUUGUUAUCGCAGGAAUUAUGCUAGAAUAUUUCAAAGGGAGGAAAACGCUGUUCGGGGCUGUGGUUGGAAAAGAUUCAACUGAUCAAUUGUCUAUAUUUAUUAAUAGUAAUUACAAAAUCUGUCUACCUCACUUUAGCGUUAAAAAAAAAACCUAGCUUUUAAAAAAUGAAUUCAAAUGUGCAAAUGAAACCUUACGGCCCCCAAAAAGAGUAGAAGAAAACCACAGGGUCCCCGUACUCUCAGGCUGGCAUGGGCUCAUUGACAGAAUGACUGAUGCUCAUGUGUGGUCAGAAAAUGGGAUUAGCUGUGCCCGCCAUGAUGGCUCGACUAUUGUUCAAGCCAUUUUGAAAUUUAGUCUUUGUAUACUGGUAUGUGUGCGAGUGUUUUCAUAAAAAUAUAUGAGAGUAAAAAAAAAGCCUCUAUGUAAAUAACCACCCAAAUGUUGACAUUUAUGAUGUCUUGGACAGGUUCACCGCUUCUGUUUUUCCAUUCCUUCAUUCUUUGUGUAGUUUUGAAUAAAUCACCCCAACAUUGUAGUUUAAUUGUUGUGCAUAUGAAUAACUGUUCAAAUGUUAUUUUUGCUUUUGUUGUUUAUUAUAAUUUUUCUUUUGUACAAUAAAUCAUUUAUUUAGCUUA